CAUUGUCUUCCAUUAGAUCCAAGAUGGAAUAUUUUUGUUCAAUAUUGCUAAUUUCCAUUAAUUUUCUACAUUCCGAAGCAUUUCAUGACAAUGGAACUGCAUCACAUAAUGAAACAACCACAGAUCCCCCAAGAGAAAAUGGUCAGCCAUCACAUUUACUGACUUCAGUGCUGAUCCUGAUUUUAGUCUUCAUAAUUUUAAUUAUUUUAGCUGGCUAUUUCUUCAGGUUCCGAAGACACAGAAAAGCAGUUGUAAAUUCCACUGAUAAAAAAAUGCCAAAUGGAAUCUUAGAAGAGCAAGAACAGCAGAGAGUGAUGCUUCUCAGACAGUCUCCUUCUGGCCCAAGGAAGUAUUUUCCUAUUCCAGUAGAGCUCUUGGAAGAUGAAAUCCGGAUAAGAGCAGCUGAUGAUGGGAAGUUGUUCCGGGAAGAAUUUAAUUCAUUGCCACCUGGAUAUUUGCAAGGAUCACUUGAGAUGGCAAACAAAGAGGAAAACAGAGAAAAAAACAGAUACCCCAACAUAUUACCUUAUGAUCAUUCCAGAGUAACUUUAAUGCAGAUAGAUGGAUUUCAGUGUUCAGACUACAUUAAUGCUUCAUAUAUAGAUGGCUACAAGGAAAAGAAUAAAUUUAUAGCUGCUCAAGGUCCUAAACAGGAUACAGUAAAUGAUUUCUGGAGGAUGAUAUGGGAACAGAAGUCUGCAACUAUUGUCAUGUUAACAAAUGUGAAAGAGAGAAAAGAGGACAAAUGUUUCCAGUAUUGGCCUGAUCAAGGAUGCUGGACCUAUGGAAGCAUCCGGGUUUCUGUGGAGGACUGCAUAGUUCUUGUAGAUUACACCAUUCGAAAGUUUUGUAUUCAGCCGCAGGUUUCUGAUGGCUGUAAAGCUCCGAGACUUGUCACUCAGCUUCAUUUCACCAGCUGGCCUGAUUUUGGAGUGCCUUUUACACCUAUUGGAAUGCUUAAAUUCCUAAAGAAAGUCAAGUCAUUGAAUCCUGCACAUGCUGGACCAAUAGUGGUUCACUGUAGUGCUGGUGUGGGUCGUACAGGCACAUUCAUAGUAAUAGAUGCCAUGAUUGACAUGAUGCAUACUGAACAAAAAGUUGAUGUUUUCGAGUUUGUGUCAAGAAUUCGCAGCCAGCGUCCACAGAUGGUUCAAACGGAUAUGCAGUAUUCCUUCAUAUAUCAAGCCUUACUUGAAUACUACCUCUAUGGUGACACAGAACUAGAUGUAUCCUCCUUAGAAAAACAUCUGCAGCAAUCAAAUAGCACCACACCAAAUCUUGUUAAAAUAGGAUUGGAAGAAGAGUUUAAAAAAUUAACAAAUGUUCGAAUAAUGAAAGAAAACAUGAGAACUGGUAAUCUGCCAGCAAAUAUGAAGAAAGCCAGAGUUAUCCAAAUAAUCCCUUAUGACUUUAACAGAGUGAUUCUUUCAAUGAAACGAGGUCAGGAGUACACAGAUUAUAUCAAUGCUUCCUUCAUAGAUGGCUAUCGCCAAAAGGACUACUUCAUUGCAACUCAAGGACCUCUUCCUCAUACUGUGGAAGACUUCUGGCGAAUGGUGUGGGAGUGGAAAUGCCACACCAUUGUUAUGCUUACAGAAGUUUUGGAAAGGGAGCAAGAAAAAUGUUUCCAGUAUUGGCCAUCAGAAGGUUCUGUUUCUUAUGGCGAGAUUACCAUUGAUAUUAAGAAUGACUUGCUUGUUGAUACUAUAAGCAUAAGGGACUUUUUGAUUACACACAAUCAGGAGAAGCAAGGCAGAGUUAUUCGACAGUUUCAUUUUCAUGGAUGGCCUGAGAUAGGCAUUCCGACUGAAGGGAAAGGUAUGAUUGACCUCAUUGCAGCUGUUCAGAAACAGCAACAGCAGACAGGAAACCAUCCCAUUACAGUACACUGCAGUGCCGGAGCUGGAAGAACAGGUACAUUCAUAGCACUCAGCAAUAUUUUGGAGCGAGUCAAAGCUGAGGGGCUCUUAGAUGUAUUUCAAGCUGUGAAGAGCUUACGGCUGCAAAGACCACAUAUGGUGCAAACACUGGAACAGUAUGAAUUCUGCUACAAAGUGGUACAAGAUUUCAUUGAUAUUUUUUCUGAUUAUGCCAAUUUCAAGUGAAAAUGCUUGCCAUUUUUUUUAAUUUAAUCAUCUGUACAAAGAUUUGUAAAUCAUGUUAAUUUAUUUCCAUUUUUUUAAAAAAAAAUCUAAAUAUACAUAUGAUUAUGUUUUGCUUUGAAUGUCUCUUCAGGUAUAUGUAUCAUUCAAAUAAGCUUCUACCUUGAUUCAAAGGAGUAUGCACAGACUCUUUUCAUACAAUAAAAUA